UAUUAAUUUUAUAGUUUAGAUUGAACAACGUAACAGCCAAUGGGGAAAGUUUUUGUUCAAUCAUGUGACUCGGUGAAAGAUCGCGAUCCAAUCCACGCAAACGUGGGUGGGCUGUGGAUAGAGAAUGUAUAGUCAUUGCUUAGCAAGAAAGUAUUGUGUCGGUUUUGCCUUAGUAAACGGGGCCAGUGUUCGGCAACCACAGAGUGCAUAAUUGAACCAGAGAUGAACAGGAUUCGGAUCCACGUGCUGCCGUCCAGCAAGAGCAGGGUCACGCAGACCGCACGUGCACAGGAGCACCAGGCCUGUGCCUACACCCAGAGACCCUGUUCACAGCCUCGCCUGGAGGGCUGGGAGUUCUGCAUUAAACAUAUUUUGGAAGACAAGAAUGCUCCUUACAAACAAUGCAGCUAUGUCUCCAAUAAGAAUGGCAAGCGCUGUCCCAAUGCAGCACCAAAACCCGAGAAGAAAGAUGGUGUGGCCUUCUGUGCUGAGCAUGCACACAGAAAUGCUCUGGCACUCCAGGCGCAGAUGCGCAAGGCCUCCUCCUCAGGACCAUCCCCCGAGAUCCUGCUGUCUCAGCUCAGCUGCUACAGCAGGGCAGAGGCAGGCGAUCUUAGCCAAGACGGCCGCAGCGAAGCAAGCCGCAUACUAGAUGAAGAUAGCUGGAGUGAAGAGGAGCAUGAUCCAGUAGUGCUGGAUCAGAUGUGGAGAGGAGAUCCUGACAGUGAAGCAGACAGCAUAGACAGCGACCACGAAGAUCCUCUCAAGCAUGCCGGUGUGUACACGGCCGAGGAGGUGGCCCUGAUCACUCGAGAGAAGCUCAUUAGACUCCAGUCACUCUACAUAGACCAGUUCAAACGACUGCAGCACUUGCUGAAGGAAAAAAAGCGACGCUAUUUGCACAGCCGCAAGGUUGAGCAUGACACGAUAGGCAGCAGCCUUCUGACGGGGCCCGAGGGCCUGUCCAUGAAAGAGCGGGAGAACCUCCGCAAGCUGAAGGCACUGCGCCGUUACCGGCGUCGCUACGGCGUCGAGGCCUUGCUCCACAGGCAGCUCAGGGAGCGCAGGCAGGCAGCUGCAGAGGGCGGAGCCACACAGGCUCAUUCAAUAAGGCCAAGCCAGAGGUGUAUUUCCUUUGUGGAAGGCACGCGAUGCUCAAACCAGUGCCUGCCAAUGACGCGACACUGUGUGUCUCACAUUUACCAAGACAGCAGCCAGGUGCUGUUCAAGAUGUGUCCUGGACUGAAGGAUGUUCCCUGUGACCGGCCAGUUCACAUGGGCCUGUCAGAGGAGCCACGCUGCCCCCUGCACCUCUCCCUACCUCCGCCCAUGUACCAGCCCGAGCAGGAGCCCCUGGCCCCGGAGCCGCUUGUCUCGGCCCCCAUGGACAUGUACCUCAGCGCCGCGGAGCUCCAGCCCACCGAGAGCCUGCCUCUGGAGUUCAGUGACGAUCUGGACGUGGUGGGGGAUGAGGGGAUGCAGUGUCCGCCGUCGCCCCUGCUCUUUGACACCGCCCUGGCCCUGGAGGACCAGACCAUACGCGCCAUAGCCGAGGCCCCCAUGGACAUCCUGACGGGGGCAUCCUCGGCGCACGACCCCGAGCUCUCGGACGUGGAUGACUUGUCUGCAGCGGACCAGGCUGUUUCGGAGGUAUCCGAAACAGUAGGAGUGGAGGAUGCCACACUGAAUACAUCAAAGGACCCUGACACAAUAACAACAGACGCCAUGUCCUGAACACCUCGUGACCUGAUUUUCUCAGCUGUCUGAAGACUUUAUAGAAACCUCCCAUAGUGGUGUGGUUUUGGAAGACAGUUGUCUGACCAAGAGCCAUAUUUACAAAGCCUACUUCUGUAGUGCUGAAAACUACACUAUAUAAAAUAUUUGACACAUGUUAUGAAAUGUCAUUGCUAGAGGAUGUACUAAUAUGCAGAAAUUGAAAACCACUUGAAUCUGAUUCUCUACAAAUAAAACAAAAUCUGUUGCCAUGGUCCUCAAA